AUGCUGUUGCUCACACUGGGGGUCUUUCUGUCUGCGGUUGUCCCAUUGAUAGCAGAUUCUGACAUGAAGCGUACAGAAGAAUUGUUCUUAAGAAGUUUGGGUUUCCAAGCUAAGCCAAAUCCUGUCGCUCCCCCUCCUAUACCUCCUGUAUUAUGGAAGAUCUACAACCAGCGCAUGGGAAGCACAGCCCCCAAGAAGAAACAAGACUUGUGCUUUGUAGAAGAGUUCAAUGUCCCCGGAAAUAUCAUUCGAGUCUUUCCUGAUCACGGUCGAUUUGUUCCUCAGUCUUCAGGGCCUUCUCCCAACCUUUGUUUUGAAAAGAGACUCUUCUUCAAUAUUUCUGUAAUGGAAAAGGAGGAGAAGGUAACCAUGGGCCAAUUGGAACUAAGGUUCAGCCAAAACAACUACUACAGACGAACGUUUGAAUUGCGGCUAUACAGGAUUCUACAAAUGUCGUUAAAAGGAAUGCGUAGUCAGAAGACAAGCCGAAAACUCUUGGCUGCUCAGACGUUCCGUCCACUUCACAAGUCUCUACACUUUAACCUGACAGACACAUGCCAGAUUUGGAGAGACUCUCAUAAGAACCUGGGACUGACUCUAGAAGUCUUGCAUAGCAAAGAAGGCAUGCAGGAUGAGUGUCAGGAUAUACAUGCGUUUCUUCACACCUCUCUGCUCGCUGUAACACUUAAUCCAUUACAUUGUAAAAAACCACGAAAAAAGAGAAGUUAUGGCAAGCUUACUUUCAUGCCCAGCAACAUCUGCAAAAAGAGGCGCCUUUAUGUUGACUUUAGAGAUGUGGAAUGGCAUAACUGGGUGAUAGCUCCUCGAGGAUACUUGGCCAAUUAUUGUUAUGGAGAAUGCCCUUAUCCUCUGACAGAGGUACUAAAUGGCUCCAACCAUGCUAUUUUGCAGACUCUGGCUCAUUCUUUUGAGCCUGAGGAUAUCCCACUACCCUGCUGUGUUCCAACAAAAAUGUCACCCAUCUCCAUGUUGUUCUUUGACAAUAAUGACAAUGUAGUCCUGAAACACUAUGAGAACAUGGCUGUGGAUCAAUGUGGAUGCAGGUGA